AUCAGCUGAAGUUCGCAACACUGAAAAGGAAUGUGAUGUUGGCUUGUUUUCUGUUGGACCUGCAGCGUGAGGCUGGUGAAUGGUAGCAGCUCCUGUGCUGGGAGAGUGGAGGUUUACCAUCAGGGAGAGUGGGGAACAGUCUGCAGUGAUGAGUGGGAUAUGAUCGAUGCAGGAGUGGUGUGCAGACAGCUGGGCUGUGGAAAUGCUGUAGAUGCCCCAGGAGGUGCGCACUUUGGGCCAGGGUCUGGGCCAAUAUGGAUGGAUGAUGUGCUCUGCCGGGGAUCAGAAUCCACACUGAAGAGGUGUGAGUCACGGGGAUGGGGUAAACAUAACUGCCGUCAUGGAGAGGAUGCUGGAGUAAUCUGUGCAGAGGUGAGGCUGGUGGGCGGGGCUGAUCUGUGCUCUGGGAGAGUAGAGGUGCAUCAUGGGAGAUCCUGGGGCACAGUGUGUGAUGCUGACUUUGACCAGCAGGGCGCAGAGGUUGUGUGCAGAGAACUGGGCUGUGGAGCUCUUAAAGAGCUGCGGGGGGCAGCUGCAUUUGGCCAGGGGGAGGGCCAGGUGUGGGCAGAGGAGAUUCAGUGUACAGGCAAUGAAUCUCAGAUUUACUUCUGUCCCAAAGCACCCUCACUGAAUCAACCCUGCUCCCAUGGAAACGACGUGGGACUGGUGUGUUCUGAUAGUGAGGAUGUGAGGCUAGUGAAUGGUAGCAGCCCCUGUGCUGGGAGAGUGGAGGUUUACCACCAGGGACAGUGGGGGACAGUGUGUGGUGAUUAUUGGGAUAUUACAGAUGCUUGGGUGGUGUGUAGACAGCUGGGCUGUGGAGACGUUCAACAAGCACCACAAUAUGGUCACUUUGGACCAGGAUCUGGGCCAAUAUGGAUGGAUGAGGUGUCCUGCAGGGGAUCAGAAUCCACACUGAAGGAGUGUGUGUCCCUAGGAUGGGGUGAACAUUAUUGUGAUCAUAGAGAUGAUGCUGGAGUGAUCUGCUCAGCUCCAGCCCCUCAGAAGGUGAGGCUGGUGGGCGGGGCUGACCUGUGCUCUGGGAGAGUAGAGGUGCAUCAUGGGAGCUCCUGGGGCACAGUGUGUGAUGCUGACUUUGACCAGCAGGACGCAGAGGUUGUGUGCAGAGAACUGGGCUGUGGGGUUCCUCAAGAGCUGCGGGGGGCAGCUGCAUUUGGCCAGGGUGAGGGCCAGGUGUGGGCAGAGGAGAUUCAGUGUACAGGCAAAGAAUCUCACAUUCCCUUCUGUCCCAAAGCACCCUCACAGAAUCAACACUGCUCCCAUGGAAACGACGUGGGACUGGUGUGUUCUGGCAGUGAGGAUGUGAAGCUGGUGAAUGGUGGCAGCCCCUGUGCUGGGAGAGUGGAGGUUUACCAUCAGGGACAGUGGGGGACAGUGUGUGAUGAUUCUUGGGAUAUUACAGGUGCUUGGGUGGUGUGUAGACAGCUGGGCUGUGGAGAUGCUGUAGAAUCAAAACAAGAUGGUCACUUUGGACCAGGGAGUGGGCCAAUAUGGAUGGAUGAGGUGUCCUGCAGGGUAUCAGAAUCCACACUGAAAGAGUGUCAGUCAGGAGGAUGGGCUAAACAUGACUGUAAUCAUGGUGAGGAUGCUGGAGUGAUCUGCGCAGCUCAUCGAGAGAUCAGGCUGGUGGGUGGGGCAGACCUGUGCUCUGGGAGAGUAGAGGUGCAUCAUGGGAGCUCCUGGGGCACAGUGUGUGAUGCUGACUUUGACCAGCAGGGUGCAGAGGUUGUGUGCAGAGAACUGGGCUGUGGAGCUCUUAAAGAGCUGCGGGGGGCAGCUGCAUUUGGCCAGGGGGAGGGCCAGGUGUGGGCAGAGGAGAUUCGGUGUAGAGGUAACGAAUCUCACAUUUCCUUCUGUCCCAAAGCACCCUCACAGAAUCAACACUGCUCCCAUGGAAACGAUGUGGGACUGGUGUGUUUUGGUAAGAGUCUUCUGUGCACUUGUGACUGUUUCAGUGAUACUGGGUAAAUAUAGUUCCUAGAAAGAGUGUAUGCAUUUAUAUUGAACAACAUCUUUAUUAAUCAUUCUGUGGAAUAUUACAUGUCAGGGGCUGUAAUACUUGAGUUCUGAUGAAAAUAUAAUCUAUAAAGUGCGAUGAACACUAUAGAGGGCAGGAAUUUACAGCCCAUAACCCUGUGAUAGGGGAAGCACAGAUUAUGUACCAUAGACACACAGGAAGAGGAAGCACACAGCUAUCAGCAGCCUUCCUGUGAGCUGCAGGAAUUCACAUACAGGGACUUUUGAACAGCGGCUAAUGCUGUCACCUCUCAGCUCCGGGGUUUGCAUGAU